UAUUAUGCGCGUAAAUUUUUUUUAAGACCAACUUCAAUAACAUGGUAACAUCCCAAGUGGUCAAGCAAAUUAACGUUGAGUUAUCUUAACGACCGAAAUGAAUAAUUAACCCACCGGAUCUCGAUACUACAGUCACAUUUCUCAACUUGCUUCGUUCUCUGCGACUCAGGCGUCUCUCACUCGAGCGAUUCGGCCCGAUCUUACCAAGAUGGAACCCGAUGUGAGCAUCGAGACCUCGUGCAUGAUCCGGAUCGCCGUCUUUCCAAUCGGCGAUGUGCCUCCUCCUCUCCUGCGGGACUACCACUCCAUGCUUCUGCGUCACCACACAAUCCCUCUCUCCACGAUCAGCUCCUUCUACAAGGAGCAUCAGAAAUCUCCUUUCGCUCACCAGCCUUGGGACACGGGCUCGCUCCGAUUCAAAUUCGUGUUGGGAGGGGCCCCGCCCAGCCCAUGGGAAGAUUUCCAGUCCAAUCGCAAGAUCCUCGCUGUAAUCGGCAUCUGCCACUGCCCUUCCUCGCCAGAUCUCGAUUUCGUCAUCGAUCAAUUCAAUGCCGCCUGCAAAGGUUACUCCUCUGCUCUCGUUCAACGCUGCUUCGCCUUUUGUCCUGGCGAUUCUCAACUGGAAGAUGGUAAGAAGAGAGAGAACUUGGUUUUGUUUCCUCCUGCAGACCGUUCGACCCAGGAGUUUCACUUGCAGACAAUGAUGCAAGAUAUUGCUGCUUCAUUAUUGAUGGAAUUUGAGAAGUGGGUUCUUCAAGCAGAAUCUGCUGGCACUAUUUUGAAGACGCCUUUAGAUUCUCAAGCUACUCUUAGCUCUGAGGAGGUGAUCAAGGCCAAAAAACGAAGACUUGCUCGUGCACAGAAAACUAUAGGGGAUUACUGUUUGUUAGCAGGAUCACCUGUUGAUGCAAAUGCUCAUUAUUCAACCGCACUUGAGCUUGCAAGGUUGACUGCAGAUUACUUCUGGUAUGCUGGGGCAUUGGAGGGUAGCGUUUGUGCCAUACUGGUUGAUCGAAUGGGCCAAAAGGAUGUAGCUGUAGAGGAUGAGGUUAGGUAUCGGUACAAUAGUGUCAUUGUGCAUUAUAGAAAAUCCUUCAUUCAAGACAAUGCUCAGAGAGUUUCACCACUUACCUUUGAACUUGAAGCGACCUUGAAAUUGGCCAGGUUUCUAUGCAGGAGAGAGCUGGCUAAGGAGGUUGUGGAGUUGUUAACCAAUGCUGCUGAUGGUGCGAAAUCUUUGAUUGAUGCUAGUGACAGACUCAUAUUAUUUGUUGAAAUAGCUCGUUUAUUUGGUACUCUUGGUUAUCAACGGAAAGCUGCCUUCUUCUCAAGGCAGGUAGCUCAGUUGUACCUACAACAAGAAAAUAGAUUGGCUGCUAUUAGUGCCAUGCAAGUAUUGGCAAUGACUGCCAAAGCAUAUCGUGUUCAGAGUAGAGCAUCCAUCUCAAAACAUUCUCUUUCCAAUGAAACUGAAUCAGGUCAUGUUGAUAGUGGGAAAAUGCAUCAUCAAUCAGUUGUUUCACUGUUUGAGUCUCAAUGGAGCACCUUGCAGAUGGUUGUGCUGAGAGAGAUACUACUAUCUGCUGUUCGUGCAGGAGAUCCUCUUGCUGCCUGGAGUGCAGCAGCAAGGCUACUAAGAUCUUAUUACCCUCUAAUUACACCUGCAGGGCAAAAUGGUCUUGCUAGUGCACUGGCAAAUUCAGCCGAAAGGUUGCCUUCGGGAACUCGAUGUGCUGACCCUGCCUUACCUUUCAUAAGGUUAUAUUCUUUUCCUCUCCAUCCCUCACAAAUGGACAUUGUAAAACGCAAUCCAGCUAGAGAAGAUUGGUGGGCAGGAUCUGCUCCUUCAGGACCUUUUAUCUAUACACCGUUCAGCAAGGGAGAGCCAAAUGAUAUUAGCAAGCAAGAUUUGAUUUGGAUUGUUGGGGAACCAGUCCAGGUCUUUGUGGAGUUAGCUAACCCUUGUGGAUUUGAUUUAAGGGUUGAUAGCAUCUAUCUCUCAGUGCAGUCGGGGAAUUUUGAUGCUUUUCCCUUAAGUGUGGAUCUUCCACCUAAUUCAUCCCAGGUGAUCAUGUUAUCUGGAAUCCCGACAUCUGUUGGGUCAGUGGUGAUUCCCGGAUGCACUGUUCAUUGUUUUGGUGUUAUUACUGAACACCAUUUUAGGGAUGUUGAUAAUUUGCUUCUUGGAGCAGCACAAGGACUUGUGCUUUCUGACCCUUUCCGAUGCUGUGGAUCACCAAGGUUAAGAAAUGUAUCUGUACCGAAUAUUUCUGUAGUACCUCCAUUGCCAUUGCUUGUGUCACAUGUUGUAGGUGGUGAUGGUGCCAUUGUACUAUAUGAAGGUGAAAUUCGAGAUGUAUGGAUAAAUCUAGCUAAUGCUGGCUCAGUUCCAGUUGAGCAGGCACACAUUUCACUGUCUGGAAAAAACCAAGAUUCUGUCAUCUCAAUUGCAUACGAAAAAUUAGAAUCUGCUCUUCCAUUGAAACCUGGUGCAGAAGUGACUGUACCUGUGACCUUGAAAGCCUGGCGACUUGGCUUGGUUGAGAGUGAUAAUGCAGCUGGUAAGAGUGCCUCUGGCAGCAUGGGUAGAACCGUGAAGGAUGGAAGCAGCCCCUCAUUGUUGAUCCAUUAUGCAGGGCCACUAGGAGAUGCUGGAGAUCUUGAAACAAACAAAUCAUCUGUGGCCCCGGGAAGGCGCCUGGUUGUUCCAUUACAAAUCUGUGUUUUGCAAGGUUUGUCAUUUGUGAAAGCUCGUUUGCUUUCUAUGGAGAUUCCUGCACAUGUUGGUAAGAGUUUUUCCAAUCUGGCUAAUGUCGAUGGUAGCCCUUUGGAUGAAGCGGUUGGCUAUGGAAGUAAGAUAGACAGAUUGAUGAAGAUUGAUCCCUUUAGAGGAAGCUGGGGAUUACGUUUUCUCGAACUAGAGUUGUCUAAUCCAACUGAUGUUGUGUUUGAAAUUAGCGUCUCUGUUCAGUUGGAAAAAUCAAGCAAUGAGGACAACCUUUCUCUUGACUAUGCUGCUGAAUAUGGUUAUCCUAAAACAAGAAUUGACAGGGACUACUUUGCAAGGGUAUUAAUACCACUUGAGCAUUUUAAAUUACCUUUUCUUGAUGAUUCAAUUUUUUCGAAGGAUUUGCAGUCUGAUGGGUCUACUGGUGGUAGAAAUUCUAGUUUCUCUGAAAGGAAUACCAAGGCUGAACUAAAUGCUUCCAUUAAGAACCUCAUUUCCAGAAUAAAAGUCAGGUGGCAAUCAGGACGGAACAGCUCUGGAGAACUGAAUAUCAAGGAUGCUAUACAGGCAGCCCUUCAGUCGUCUGUCAUGGAUGUACUGUUGCCAGAUCCUUUGACUUUUGGCUUCAGGCUUGCUAGAAAUGGUUCUGAAAAUGCUGCAAAACUUGAUUUACCAAAAGAAUCUGAUACAAUUAUUCAGCCGUCUGCAUCAAGGAAUUCUGUCAUUGCACAUGAUAUGACUCCUAUGGAAGUUCUGGUUAGGAAUAACACCAAGGAAACCAUCAAGAUGAAUCUUAGUGUUACAUGCAGAGAUGUAGCUGGAAAGAAUUGUGUUGAGGGCACCAAGGCAACUGUCCUAUGGGCUGGUGUUCUAAGUGGAAUCAGCAUGGAGGUUCCUCCCCUCGAAGAAAGCAAACAUUGUUUUUCUUUGUACUUUCUUGUCCCUGGUGAGUACACGGUGGUUGCUGCUGCUGUUAUAGAUGAUGCUAAUGACGUUUUAAGAGCAAGAGCAAAAAGCGAAUGUCCCGAUGAGCCGAUUUUCUGUCGAGGACCUCCUUUUCAUCUCCGUGUCAAUGGGACUGCUUGAUGAUUUUUUCCGCCCGCAUGUUUAUCUCUAUUACCUAUUUUUAUUUUUAUAAAGAGUUUCCAACUCAUGGAUUAAAAGUGAUUGACUUAAAUAUUUUUAUAUAU